AUGGCUGGGCCUGCUUUUGCGAGCAUCUUCGGGCAGACUGUCAAGCCAUGGACAUCUUUCGAGGAGUUCCCCGCGUUCCAGCAGCUUCGUUCCAGGCGAUUCAAAAGCUUCGGCGUUCAGCAGCUUCGUCUCUCUCAUCUUCACCUAGGUCGUUCACAGCAGCUUCGUUUCUCUUACCAAG